CGGGACAGUCCUCCAGAUUAGCGGUUGACGCACAGGAUGGAUUUGAACACCGCAGUUCAAAAUGAACGUGUUCAAAAUGAGGAAAGCCGUUGUAAAAGAAGCGGUUAAACGUUUUCCAUGGCUAGCCAACGUUACUCUGUAUGGCUGCCUGUUUGCCGGCGGCGACUUCGUCCAUCAGAUGAUCGCACAGAGAGAAGAGAUGGACUGGAAACACACCAGAAAUGUUGCCAUAGUGGCCAUUAGCUUCCAUGGAAACUUUAAUUAUUUCUGGUUGCGGGCUUUGGAAAGCCGUUUCCCCGGAAAAUCUCCCGGAAUGCUCUUCCGCAAACUGCUCCUGGACCAAAGUUUUGCGUCGCCCUUGGCAACUAGUGUCUUCUACACAGGAGUGAGUUUCUUGGAGAAUAAAGACGAUAUCUUCGAGGACUGGAGAGAAAAGUUCCUCAACACCUACAAGACUGGACUCAUGUACUGGCCUUUCAUGCAGUUCCUAAACUUCAUCCUGAUACCUCUAUACCUGAGGACAGCCUUCAUGGGCUGUUGUGCGUUCCUGUGGGCCACCUUCCUGUGUUUCUCCCGGCAGAGCGGGGACGGUACGGCCAGCGUGGCCCUAGCCUUCUUCCUGUAUCCCAAACAGAGGCUGCAGGCCGCCCGGGAGGCCCACCUCGCACGCAAGAAACAGAAAGAAGAGGAAGAACUGCAGCAGAGGUCUGAGAACUAACUGAAUUGGUUCAGUGAGAUUCGAUUCAAUUCAAGAAACAGAAAACAUCAAGCACUGAGAACUGAACUGGUUUAAUGAGAUUCAAUUCGGGAAACAGAAGAAUCAAGCACUGAGAACUGAACUGACUUAAUGAGAUUCAAUUCAAUUGAGGGAACAGGAAAACAGAGGAGGACCCGAGCACUGAGAGCUGAACUGUUAAAACUGAACUGCUAAAAUGUUAUUUCAAUUCAAGGGCAUCAAGACAAGGCAUGAGGGCAUGGUUGGAGGGUGACAACACACUGUCAUCAUGUGAGGACAGGCCAGGCUCUCACACCUUAGAAAAAACUCAAAACAGAUAGUUUGAUUGAAUAUAACUUUAUUGAUAUCCUCAGGGGAAAGGAAGAGUGAAUAUAACUUUAUUGAUAUGCUCAGGGACAAGGAGGAGUGAAUAUAACUUUAUUGAAUAUAACUUUAUUGAUAUCCUCAGGGGCAAGGCGGAGUGAAUAUAACUUAAUAGAAUAUAACUUUAUUUAUAUCCUCAGGGGCAAGGAGGAGUGAAUAUAACUUUAUUGAAUAUAACUUUAUUGAUAUCCUCAGGGGCAAGGAGGAGUGAAAAUAACUUUAUUGAAUAUAACUUGAUUGAUAUCCUUAGGGGCAAGGAGGAGUGAAUAUAACUUUAUUGAUAUCAUCAGGGGCAGGGAGGAGGCAUCAUUGGAGCACAGUUACAUAAUUUAGGUCUACUGUACAUAUACAAAUACAUCCACCUAAUACUAUGCCAGCAACACGUACAGUGUUCAAUUCAACACAACUUUAUCAAUCCCGUCAAGGGCAACCCAGAAAGCAUAGUCGGACUCGGAGCACAUUACUUACAGACAUUCAGACUGUACAGGUGUAGAAGUGCAAUACAUUACGUGAAACAGAACAAGUUACGUUUUUAUUUAACCUUUAUUUAUCUAGCUUUGUCUCAUUGAGAUCAAAAUCUAUUUUGCAAGAGACCAGGGGCUGUAUGUAUCAAGCGCUUCAGAGGAGUGCUGAUCUAGGAUCAGUCCCCCCACCCACGUCCAUGUAAUCUUAUUCAUAGUGGUCUAAAAGGAAAAACUGAUCCAGCACUUUUACUCUGAGACGCUUGAUACAUACAUGUACGACCCCUGAAGUUGUUUGUAAGAAACAUGUUGGGUGGAUGAGAGAGGUAUUAGUUGUUGUGAUUACAGGGAUGUUCCACAGGGAGAGGUGGUGUUAGUUGUUGUGAUUACAGGGAUGUUCCUCAGGGAGUGGUGGUGUUAGAUGUUGUGAUUACAGGGAUGUUCCUCAGGGAGAGGUGGUGUUAGACGUUGUGAUUAUAGGGAUGUUCCUCAGGGAGAGGUGGUGUUAGAUGUUGUGAUUACAGGGAUGUUCCUCAGGGAGAGGUGGUGUUAGACGUUGUGAUUAUAGGGAUGUUCCUCAGGGAGAGGUGGUGUUAGAUGUUGUGAUUACAGGGAUGUUCCUCAGGGAGAGGGGGUGUUCGAUGUGAUUACAGGGAUGUUCCUCAGGGAGAGGAGGUGUUCGAUGUGAUUACAGGGAUGUUCCUCAGGGAGAGGUGGUGUUAGAUGUUGUGAUUUGCAGGGAGGUUCCUCAGGGUGUGUUCAUGUAUAUAUGCAAAAUGUGUUUGUUCUAUGCUCUCAAUUUCUAUGUCCCAUCGGUUGUGCCUUCUGUUGGUAACAAGAUCCCUUCAUGUUCUGGUCUAGAUCUAGUUAGUUAGUUAGUUCUUACUCAGAGAAUCUCUGUGUGUUUUGUGUGGGUGUGUGUAUAUAUAUAUAUAUUUAUGCUCAAGUGUUGUAUAACUAAUCUUCCAGAUUGACCCAUCUAAGGAUAAAGUGCUAUCCUGUCCUGUUACUUGAAUUGUCUAUUUAUUUAUUUUAACCUACUAGGUUGCCAUCGACCCUGUGACCUUAUAACGUACAUAUAUCCAUUAGGGUUGCAAAAUACCAAUAAUUCCCAGGUCUCCCAGAAAUCCCCAUUGGAGGAUUCCCGGAUUUCCUCCUUAUUCCUUGCCAAUUCCAGAUUUUUGUUUUUCUAACCCUGGGAAUCUGGGAAAGUUUCAGGAAUGUUGCAUCCCUACAUACCAUCAAGGUACUGAAGAUCUGCAACAUUCUUUACUGAAGUCAAACCUUACUGUAGAAUACGGUUGCACAAUUCCGGCAACUUUCCCAACAUUCCCAAGUUUUCCAGAAAUCCCGGUUGAAAUAUUCCUGGAAUCUGGAGGGUAUAAACUAGAAAUCCAGGGAUACUCUUACCCGUAUUUCUGGAAAAAGUGAAUUUUGUUCAACCCUACUGUAGAAUCUACUUAGAGGUGUUAAUAUUACAAAUAUUGUACUCAACAUUAGCUACCUGUGUUUACUGUUUCAUAGAACAGUUCUGUUAAUCGCAUACAUUGAAUGGAUAGAGAAAUAAAAUCCAAGGUCAUGUUA